UAAGGUGAGCUAUGUGAACCAUCUUCCUAAAUUCUUCCUGCAUAAACCCUACUUCCCACUAACCUCCCGUCGUCAAUGGCCGGCGUGAUGCGUGUUCCGACGCUAUUAUCUUCUUCCAAUCCAACAACGCUAAACUACUCAAGCAUUCGUGACAGCAGCUGUCUAUUCAAUCCCUUUCGACUCACAAUCCCUCAAUUUCGAGCUCAAUCGAGGAGACUGGUUUCUCUCUCACCGAUUGCAAUGGCGAGCACAGUCCUCGUCACUGGAGCUGGCGGUAGAACUGGUCAAAUUGUUUAUAAGAAGCUAAAGGAGAAUUCUGAGAAAUAUAAUGCAAGGGGUCUUGCCAGAAGUGAGGAAAGCAAGCAGAAAAUUGGCGGAGCUGACGACGUUUUCGUAGGCGAUAUAAGGAAAACCGAUAGUAUCCUCCCUGCAAUUGAAGGAAUCGACGCACUUAUUAUCCUCACGAGUGCUGUUCCUAAGAUGAAACCGGACUUUGAUCCUGCUAAAGGUGGUAGACCUGAAUUCUAUUUUGAAGAUGGAGCUUUCCCUGAACAGGUUGAUUGGAUUGGACAAAAGAACCAAAUCGAUGCGGCUAAAGCUGCGGGAGUGAAGCAAAUCAUUCUGGUUGGAUCGAUGGGAGGGACGAACCCUAACAAUCCUUUGAAUAGUAUAGGGAAUGGAAACAUUCUGGUGUGGAAGAGGAAAGCUGAACAAUAUCUGGCUGAUUCUGGAAUACCAUAUACUAUCAUAAGGGCUGGUGGGCUGCAAGAUAAAGAUGGUGGUAUUAGAGAAUUACUAGUGGGAAAGAACGAUGAGAUUCUGGAAACCGACACGAGGACUAUUGCUAGGGCUGAUGUUGCAGAAGUUUGUAUUCAGGCGUUGCAAUAUGAUGAGGCUAAGUUUAAGGCGUUUGAUCUGGCAUCGAAGCCUGAGGGAUCGGGUACACCUACCAAAGAUUUUAAGGCUCUCUUUUCGCAAAUAUCCACUCGAUUUUGAUUGAUAACAUAACAGUAAUAUAUCUAAAGUGUGUGACUAUUUGGUUAAUAAUGUUGUAGGGUUUUGCAUGAUGAAGAUGUAAUAACAUUGUUAUUGUGUGUGAUUAUUUUGUAUGUUAAAAAUGUCCCAUUUCUUUG